AUGGCUUCUCCUUUAGUAUCAGUCGUAGAGCGUCCGAGCCCAUCUGUGGCCCUGAAGAGGAUUAUUGAUGCAGAAUGUGAAAAGUACAAAGCUGGAGAGAAAAGCGCUAUUGAUGGACGCAUCUUUGUCCCUCAUCACAAUGUGCAGCUAGACUACGUGCUCGGGCCCAUAUUCAAAGAGAUCCUUACUGAACUCCCAGCCCUUGCUUCAACCAACAGUUGUGUAGAAGAUGAGAGACUAGCUCUUCUGAAGUUCAAACUUAGUCUCACAGACGCUUCGCUUCAAUUGUCAUCUUGGCAUGGCCAAGAUUGUUGCAACUGGAAAGGAGUACAAUGUGAUGGAAUUACUGGCCAUGUUGUCAAGCUUGAUCUCCAUGUUGACACUUAUAACAUGAUGAUCAACUCCUCUGCCCAGUUAGCGACUAAUAAAGUAGACUCUUGUUUGCUUGAAUUGAAAUAUCUGAAUCACUUCGACUUAAGUGGAAACAAAUUUCAAGGUAGCCGAAUCCCCGAGUUCUUUGGAGCGAUGACAAAGUUGAGGUAUCUCAAUUUGUCUGAUACAGGGUUCAGUGGAAUAGUUCCCCAUCAUCUCGGAAAUCUUUCUAGCUUGCGUGUUCUUGAUCUUAAGUAUAGCUUCGACAAUGAUCACGCAUUAAUUAUAGAUGAUCUCACAUGGGUGUCUCGUCUUUCAGCAUUGCAAUACCUUGACAUGAGUAGAGUGAAUCUUAGUGAAGCGCACAAUUUGCACAAGGUACUAAACAUGCUUCCUUCUUUACAAGAGUUGCGUUUGUCAUAUUGUGGACUUGAUAAUAGUCAUUUAUCUCAUAUGUAUGUGAACUCUACAGUUUCUAAUGUUCAGUACCUAGAUCUUGGUCAUAAUUCAUUUCAAGGUGAAUUUCCGAGUCUCCUUAGUAACAUGACUUCUUUAAGAGUCCUUGAUCUUUCUUUCAAUUAUUUUAAUUCUUCUAGUCGUCUCUAUCUCGAAAACCUUAAGAGCCUUGAACAUCUCAAUCUUGGCUCCAAUGAAUUUAACCACAUUGGUGGGUUUCUGAGGCUCUUGUCGAAUCACUGUAGCUUGAAAUCAUUUGAUAUGAGUCAAAACCAAAUCAAUGGAAAGGAGAUGUCCAUACUUGACAAAAAUUUAUCUAGAUGCACCACGUAUGAUUUAGAGACAUUGAUUUUAAGUGCUGAUAGAUUCACUGGUCAUUUACCGAAUUGGCUGGGACAACUUAGGCAUCUGAAAGACCUUGAUCUUUCAGGUAACUCAUUUAAUGGUUCGAUUCCAGCAUGUUUGGGAAGAUUGUCAUACUUGCAGAAUUUACUCCUUGGUGGUAAUCUGUUGACUGGGGUCAUCCCACCAUCACUAGGGAACUUGUCAACCUUGAGAGUAUUAGAUCUUUCUUCCAAUCAGUUAAAUGGGACCAUUCCUAUUUCUAUUGGACGACUAUCAAACCUCAAGACCUUAGAUGUCUCUUUUAAUUCCCUAGAAGGUGUAGUCUCUGAAGCUCAUUUUGCCAACCUCUCAAUGUUAGAAGAAUUGACGAUAAGUUCUAACCUCUUGACAUUGAAGUUGAGAUCUGAAUGGAUACCUCCUUUUCAAUUGAAAAUCAUUUCACUCUGGUCUUGCAAAUUGGGGACUCAAUUUCCUCAAUGGCUUCAAACACAAAAGAAAGUUGUUGAUCUGGAUCUUUAUAAUACGAGCAUAUCAGGAACCCUACCUGAAUGGCUUCAUGACAUGCAUCUCUCGAUAUUGGAUCUCUCUAAAAACCAUAUCUGUGGACCAAUUCGAAACCUUCCUUCCACUUCAUACAUAGUUGAUCUCUCCAAUAACUUAAUUUCAGGACCUCUUCCUCAAAAUAUUGGAGAUAUGGUGCCUACUUUGUCAUCUUUGUAUAUGGUUGGUAAUUUGAUAAAUGGUUCUAUUCCAAAGUCAUUCUGCAAAAUUCUAAAUUUGGGAUAUCUCGAUCUUUCUAAAAAUAUGUUAUCUGGAAAUCUUCCUCAUUGUUUGGGGGAACUCUCGAACCUAUACAUUUUGAAAAUUUCAUCCAACAAGCUUUCAGGGGUUAUUCCAAACUCUAUUGGACAUUUGACUACUCUCAGAGGGUUAUAUUUGAACAACAAUAGUCUUUAUGGAGAGGUUCCUUCCGCUUUGAGACUUUGCAGAAGUUUAGCAUAUUUGAAUCUUGGUGAGAACGGAUUCACUGGAAACAUACCUAGAUGGAUUGGAGAACUUAAAGACUUGGCCAUUUUGAGAUUGCAUAAGAAUAGGUUCAAUGGCAGUAUUCCUUCGCAGUUAUGCCAACUGCCUCAACUCCAAAUCAUGGACCUUGCAGAUAAUGAUUUAAAAGGGACCAUCCCUCGUUGUUUUGGCAAUCUCAAUGGCAUGAUUUUGAAUGAAUAUGGUACACAAUAUAAUUUAGGAGGAUGGUUGUAUGAGAACGUAAGGCAAGUCAUGAAAGGAAAUGAACUUGAAUACACCAGUGCACUAUUGUAUGUCGUCAACAUGGACCUUUCAAAGAAUAAUUUGAUUGGAAUGAUCCCUGAAGAACUAAUGCUUCUUUCUGGUUUGCUUGGGCUUAAUUUUUCACAUAACAAUCUGACAGGAAGCAUCCCUAAGAAUAUCAGUGGCUUAAAGUCGUUGGAAUCUCUUGAUUUCUCUAACAACCAACUUUCAGGCACAAUUCCGGAGAGCAUGUCUGCUUUGAAUUUUUUGAGCCACUUGAACCUGUCAUACAACAACUUCUCCGGACAUAUUCCAACUGGAAAACAACUCCAAACUCUUGUUGAUCCUUCUAUUUACAUUGGCAACGAUGAACUCUGUGGAGCUCCGCUUCCAAAGAAAUGCCCUGGUGAUGAACAUUCGCAUUCUCCGACAAGUUUAAUCCCAACUCAUGUAGAAAAACAUAAAGGAGAUGAAGCUGAAAAGGUAUGGUUUUACCUGGUUGUAAUGAGUGGUUAUGCCACAGGGCUAUGGGGAGUUAUUGGAGUUUUGUUGUUGAAGAAGAGCUGGAGACAUGCUUAUUUUCAGUUUCUGGAAAUGACCAAAGACAAGGUACUUGUUGCGAUAACAGCGAGAAUGGCUCGAUGGCACGGAUGA